AUGAACAGAAGUGGCGCUUGCGCUGGUUACAGUGAUACGUACCCUCGGGAUUGCCCAACUUCCAAAAUGCAAUUCUCGAUUCACCCUCCCAGCACAACGGAGGCAACAUUCGGCGGUUUUCCACGGUGUGCGCCUAAUUGGUCUUUCGUCUACUCGCACACAAGAACUCGCAGCGUCCGAGUGAUCCUCAAUGCGCCCAGCUCAGGACUCUGCGCAAAUGGUAACCGCGCAAUCUUCGGUGUCGAAGCGUUGCACCUGAGCAGAGUAGCCAAUGCACAACGGGCGCGGCCGAUCAAGGAUAACGCGGCAGCACGGCGGUUUACGCAGGCCAACGGUGUUGAGCCUUACAAAGAAAUUCAGACGAAACGGGAGGAAUAA